ACUAUCCAAGCAACCAAGAUAGUAUAUCAUAGAUAUAGAGUCAAGAUUGUAGUUAAGAACACAAAUUGAAUGUUAUGAUCGGGCGGUUCCGUGCGUUACCCACAGGAGUGGAAGAUAGAACAACAGCGCCAACUGUAUGAUUGAGGCACAAUUCACACUUUUGAAGCAAACUGAUGGUACGAUCUUCCAAAUUAAAAUUUAAAGAAAAGAAACGGACGAACAAUACUAUACAAGCUAAAAUGGCUGAUUACGCUUCAUCUGAGAUCAACUACCUUCUGAGCCUGCAAGCCGUUCGUGAGCGGUCGCAGUUAGUGUUCCAGGCCGCUAAAGAGGGGUCGCUUGACAGCUUCGACUACGAUGAGCAGCGCAUGUCCGAGGUUGCCAAAUUCGUUAUAAACAUCAUCAAACGUGACUUUGGCCCUGACAGAUACUCGGAAAUACCACCUCAUGGCCGCUGGCAACAAUUCAACGUUGGUGGCAUCGACCGCAUCGGUGAGCUUUUGGAGCAGUGGGCAUCCGAGGGUCAUGACAAGCUGGAACAGACACGGAGACUCAUCGACCUGUUCUUUGUGUCUGUCCUCACGGACGCCGGAGUAGGUGACAAGUGGAAAUUUGUAGAACCGAACACAGAUCGUGUCUACAACCGCAGUGAAGGCACCGCAGUGGCAUCUCUUUACAUGUUUAAGUCCGGUAUCCUAGGCAAAGAUGGUACCGGUGAUCAUAGUGUCGAUGCAAAUUCCCUGAAGGCCUUGACAGAGGAGAGCUUUUCCAAAUACUACCAAAUUACCCCCGAGAACCCUAUGGUUGGCGUUUCUUCACGUGUCAGCCUGCUCAAUACCGCUGGACAGCAAUUGUCAGACUAUAGCGCGCAAGUCAACUGGCCAGCAGCGAGACCUGGUCACAUGGUUGACUACCUCAUCAAGAAUGCAAAAGAGCCCAACACGCUGGACUACGAAGACCUGUGGAAGAUCUUGCAGAGCGUACUGAUCCCAUCAUGGCCAAAGGAGCGCACCCACAUCUUCGGCAAGCCGAUCGGUGACGCCUGGCCGCUCAAGGUCCUAGCGGACAAUGCCAAGAAAGAAGGCAAUGACAGGGAAGCCGCGACUAUAGCACCGUUUCACAAGCUGACGCAGUGGCUGGGCUACUCCCUCACGACACCAUUCUCUCGCGUGCUCGGCAUCAAGAUCAUCAACGGCACCCUAGGGACCGGGCUCCCGGAGUACCGCAACGGCGGUCUGUUCUACGACCUCGGGGCGCUGAAGCUGAAGCCGGAGGUCCUGAAGGCCGGCCAGCAGGCCUCGGGCCAAGACCUGCCGCUGUAUCCCGCAACCGGCAACACGAUCGUCGAAUGGCGUGCGAUGACGGUGGCUCUGCUGGACGAGCUGCACAAACUGGUUUCGGACCAUUUCGAGAAGGAAGGGGUCAAGCUUAGUCUGGCGCAGGUGCUUGAGGCCGGCAGUUGGCUGGGUGGACGUGAGAUUGCGGCCAAACUCAGACCGGAGACCAAGUCGAGUCCGAUUCUCUUCGAGGGUGAUGGUACUCUGUUCUAAAUGUCAACUUUUUCUACGCAGCACAGCUACGGAGCCAAACUGCUAGGAAUCAACACCUGGGUCUCAUGAUUCCGUUAAAAAGUUGAUUGAUAUUACAACAUCGCCCUGUAAUGUAGUGAUUAGACAUCGAUAUUGUGACAAUGUAGCAAUGCCCCUAUAGUCACGGAGAGUAGUGAAAAAGUUUAUCAGAACGAGUCAUUGCAUGACACUUUCG